UAACCUGCUACGAAAAGUCAAAUCCGACAAAAACUGUAUCCCAUCUAGUCAAAACCAACAAAAAGCGGAAACAAAAGAAAUCAUACAUUUCUAGAAACACAUUUUGGUGAGCUGAGCAGAGAUACAGGCAUACAACUGACAGCUUUCAGUGUUAACGCCAUACACCUAACGCAGGAGGGCUGACAUGGCUUUGAAAAGAAUACAGAAGGUGAGUGUGUCCAUUAAUUUUAUAAUGUCGUCAUGCUCAUAAACGGUUGGUCGAUGUCUUCCUGUCACAAAAUUCCACAAUAGCAUAGUUAGCUAGCUAAUGUUAGCUUUGGACGUUAGCUAGCUACCUAUCUAGCUAAACCAUUGGCUAUUUUGUCAACAGUGGUUUAACUUGUCCGUUACUCCUCACCGAAUAAAUAAUACAUUUUCAUCGUAGCAAUAAUGACCAUAAAACGUUAGCUAACUGUUAAUGUUUUACCUUGUGUCAGGCUGGCAAAUCAAAGUUUACUAAUAUUAGUAACAUUCAUUGUAGUUAACUAAGUUGUUGGCUAUUAUUGGGCUACCAGCAUAAUCAUCAGUCAAUCAGUAACGCUAACUAAGUUAACUAGUUAUCGGUGUAACGUUAGCUAGCGAAGUUAAUUUUAUCAACGCCAUAACUAGCUAGCUACAGUAGCUAGUUAGAUACUCGUAAAUUAGCUAACUGGUCUGUAACUUGUAAACUAGUUAUGUUGCUGUUCUGGUUAUUCCUGUCAAUGAAUAAAAACGGUUCUGGAACCGCCAUUACCACGAGUGGGCUAUUGUAGAUAUCUCUGCUUGUUUUACUGUCAGUGUAUAUUUCAACAUAACCUUAACGUUAAUGCGCCUAAUAUAAUGUGGGAUUCGUGAAAUUCAGCAGUAGCUAAAUUAUAGAUGCAUGGGGGUCAAUUCCUAGCUAUAUAUGUAGCUAACUAGGUACCUUUUAUUAUUGUUUUUUUAUUCAACCAGGAAAAACCCAUUGAGACACAGCCUCUCUUUUGCAAGGGAGACCUGGCCAAGAAAGCAGCAGCUGUCAAUAAACAUUACACCAUGUUAAACAUACAAUACAAACAGCACAACAUGUCACCUAGCUAGCUGCUUGAAUUCGUAUAAAGCCAUAUAGACCUCAAGACUGGCUUGUCAAAGUAGCUAACAACAUUGUUAGGUAGACAAUGCACUAUAUGUAUAGAAUUUUCCCCCUAUACAUCAUUCAUUGUGCUAUAAUGUUAAUUAUUUUAUUUUACAGGAGCUACAUGACUUGCAAAGGGACCCUCCUGCUCAAUGCUCAGCCGGACCAGUUGGAGAGGACUGUACGUUUCACUACAGCUUUUGUGGCCAUCUCAAAUAAACUAAAAUUAAUGCAGAAAUAAAAUGAUGGAAAUGAAGGGGUAUUGACCUCAGUCAAUUAAUUCCUUUUGGCGCCAUUUGCAUUUUAUUGUCAAUAAUUAUAUGAUUUUAUCUGUCUCAUCUUUCUUUUACAGUGUUUCAUUGGCAAGCCACAAUCAUGGGACCUGUAAGCCCUUUUCUAAAUUCUCAUCAUUGUUUCUAAGUCUUUAGUAGACAAUAGUGUCAAUAUUGUGUUGAUUGCUGAUGGAAGCCAUUUAUUCUGCAUUGAUCCCAUUGUUAUAAGAUCAACCUUUUUGCACCACCGAAGGAACGAGUGUUAGUCUGCUUGUCUUACUAUAUAGCCUACUAUAACUGAGUUGCUUGUAUGAUAUGCUUGGAUAUGUGUCACCUCCAGUAAACCCCCAUCACACUUCUGUUACUGUAAACAAUGACCAGUAAAGGGAGGCUGACUGUGGGCUUUAACAUAUACGUAUAUGGAGUAUUGUGUGCUACUUUACGGUUCACAGUACUGUUUUAACAAUGAACCUUUCACCCCUCUUUUAGACUGACAGCCCAUAUCAGGGAGGAGUGUUCUUCCUCACCAUCCACUUCCCAACAGACUAUCCCUUCAAACCACCAAAGGUUAGAAACACCUCACAGCUCCUGUUAUUACACAAUAUCCCCUUGGGUGUAGAGUACCCUAAACCACAUGCAGUAUAUAUGCCUGACUUUUUUUGGGUUUUUUUUCUCUGCAUGUAUUUUCUUUCCAUAGGUAGCCUUCACAACGAAAAUCUAUCACCCAAACAUAAACAGUAAUGGUAGCAUCUGUCUGGACAUUCUGAGGUCACAGUGGUCCCCAGCACUUACAGUUUCGAAAGGUAAGACAAACUGGCUUACAUUCGCGGUUUGUAAACCAACUUGUUUUUUGUGUGUCUUUUGUACCCUCAUGAAAGUUAGUUGCAAAAUGCAUCUGACAUUUUUUCCUGAUUUGUUCUCCAACUGUUAAGCUUGACAAUGUCGACAAUUACAAUAUUAUUGCUGGUGUAAUUGCAAAAAUAAACUCAUCCUAGUUAUCCCUGCCUUUUUGUUCUUCCAGUUUUAUUGUCCAUAUGCUCUUUGCUAUGUGACCCAAACCCAGAUGACCCCCUAGUCCCAGACAUAGCACACAUCUACAAGCAGGACAAAGAAAAGUAAGUUGACACACACACACACCAUUCUUCUUUUAGCAGGAAAAAUAUAUGAACGUGACAUUUAUUUCGUGUGUAAAGCUUGUAGUCAAUUAUAGAAUAAACAUCUCUUCUGAAAGUAGACACUCCUACAAGAUACUGUAUCUACUUUAUAAUGAUAUGGCUGCUUAAAAAAUACUGGCUGAAUGUAAGAUUUGGCUGUAGAUUGCUCAAAUCUUUGUUAAACCUGGUUUACAUUUUAUUUUGUUUUUACAGGUACAACAGAUUAGCAAGAGAUUGGACUCAAAAGUAUGCAAUGUAAAGGACUGAAGUUUGAGACAACGGAAAAGGCUUAAGCAAAUUAACUUCCUGGACACUUCUGAAAACAGUACUGUUGCCACCCCUCAUCCACACUGGUUCAAGAAGAAGUGUUGUAUAUGGGAAGCACUUUCUAUGCCCAAAUUAACUGGUUUUAUGCUUUGAAGUCAUUAUUUUCCUUUUGUUUGACAUUCCCAAUGUUAUAUAACUUAUUAUUCAGUUAUUGCUGAGAUGGCCCAUAAAAAAAACAGACCAAUUAUGAAUCCAUCCCCCCCUCCAUCUUAUAGGUAGAAAAUGUUUUCUCCUUUUAGAGAUUUUUAUUGUAUAGUAUAAAGCUAUACUGAAUCUAUUUUUAUUAUUUUCCAUUAAAAAGUUAAACCAAAAAAUAGAUCCUG